AUGAAACUCGUUAGGUUUUUAAUGAAACUGAGCCACGAGACGGUCACAAUCGAACUGAAGAAUGGAAGUGUUGUGCACGGAACGAUAACCGGAGUCGAUGUAGCAAUGAACACACACUUGAAAGCUGUUAAAGUUACGUUAAAAAACAAGGAAGAACUUCAGCUAGAGACAUUGAGUAUUCGUGGGAAUAAUAUUAGGUAUUACUUGCUGCCUGACAGCUUGCCUUUGGAGACCUUACUUAUCGAUGAUACGCCCAAAGGACGAGGAAAGAGGGAGGGAUUCCCUAGAGGUGGUGGUAGCGCGCGAGGAGGGCGAGGAAGAGGCCGUGGUGGUCGUGGAGGACCAAGAGGAGGUCGCGGCGGUCGUGGUCGUGGAAGGCGUUAA